AUGACGUCGGCUCUGACGAUUUGCUACAUUCCAGACGGUGUUAAGGAGGAGCUGAAGAAGUUUCGAUUCUCGAAAUCCACCACGAUGAAUGCGUUGAUUUUGAAAAUCGAUCGUGAAUCGCACGAGCUCCAAUCGGAGCAACUUCUGAACGAUUGCUCAAUUGACGAAUUCAAAGAAGAGCUUCCAUCUCAACAGCCACGUUUCGUAUUGCUCAGUUGGAGCAAAAAACACUCAGAUGAGCGCGUCUCGUUCCCAAUGCUUCUCAUUUAUUACUGCCCGAAUGGAAGCAGCCCAGAACUCCAAAUGCUCUACGCCGGUAGCCGCAACUUCAUCGUCAACGAGUGCCACGUGUCAAAGAACAUAGAAGUUCGCGAUAUCGAUGAAAUCGAUGAAGAUCUGUUGGAUUCGAAAUUUUAA